CUGGUGGUGCAGGAGGCGGAGGUGCAGCAGGAGGAGGUGCAGGAGGCGGAGGUGCAGCAGGAGGAGGUGCAGGAGGCGGAGGUGCAGCUGGUGGUGCGGGAGGCGGAGGUGCAGCAGGAGGUGCAGCUGGAGGAGGUGCAGCUGGAGGUGCAGCAGGAGGUGCAGCUGGAGGUGCAGCAGGAGGAGCAGCUGGAGGUGGUGCAGCAGGAGGAGCAGCUGGAGGUGGUGCAGCAGGAGGUGGUGCAGCUGGAGGUGCAGCUGGAGGAGGUGCAGGAGGUGGUGGUGCAGCUGGAGGUGGUGCAGCUGGAGGAGGAGGUGCAGCAGGUGGUGCAGCUGGUGGUGCAGGAGGCGGAGGUGCAGCAGGAGGAGGUGCAGCAGGAGGAGGUGCAGCUGGUGGAGGUGGUGCAGCUGGAGGUGGUGCAGCUGGUGGAGGUGGUGCAGCUGGUGGUGCAGGAGGCGGAGGUGCAGCAGGAGGAGGUGCAGCUGGAGGUGGUGCUGCUGGAGGAGGUGCUGGAGGUGGUGGCGGGGGAGGUGGUGGUGGGGCAGGGGGUGGAGGGGCAGCUGGAGCAAGAAGAGGUUCUGUGAAUGCUGUUUCAGGUGUGUGUUAGAUAUAUAGAAAUGCUUUCAGGUAGGAUUAAAUUAGUCAAUAGAUCUUGAUCAUCAUAAUAGGAUAAUAGAUAUAAUAAACACAGCUCAGGAAUUCUGGCUGCCAAAGACUAACAAAAUAUUUCAAUAUUUAGCAAUGUUGGACAUUAUAUUCCUGAUUGAUGCAUCAACAAGUGUCCAAAUGAUCAACUUUGGUAAAAUACUGUUAUUUGUGAAAUCUGUAAGUCAUGGUUUUACAUAUGGCUUCCAUGAAACUAGAAUUGGAGUUAUAAAAUUUGGUGAAGAUGCAAGAAUAUUAUUUGGAUUUUACUGCUGCAGUGAUUUGAAGGCAUUUGACAAAACUGUUGAGCUACAAAUCUUGAGUUAUAAACCACCAGCUAAGCCCAAAAAUACACCUGCUGGUACCAUAGGAAAAGGACUACAGCUGGCAUGGUAUAUGUUUAAUGGUCCUACUGGACGACGACAUGUAGCACAAGUAUUGGUAAUUGUUACAUCAGUGACAUCAGCAGACGACAUUAUGACACCAAGUCAACAUCUUCGUAAUGCAGGAGUUGAAAUAUUUACUAUUGGUGUUGGAAAAGAUUUCAGCCAAAGUGAAGUACUGGAGAUGAGCAGUCUACCAACGUUUUUACACGUCUUUCAUGUAAAGGACUUUGGUGAUUUAGGCAAGAGAGCACAGCUGAUUAUUGAUAGAAUUGUACGAAGUAAGUAUCAACAAUUGAUCAUAUUUGAUACAUUGAUUGUGCAAGUUGUGCAGAAUGUUCCACACAGAGCAUAAACCCUGAAGUAUUGCUAGUCUGAUGUUCUGACAAUUGAGCUAAUUAUGGAACUCAAUCAGACAAAGUUAGGUACAGUGUACGGUAUGUUCAGCUAUUUAGUUUGAGUCCUCAAGAAGAAAUUAUGCUUAUUCCUUGGCAGAUGGAAUCUUAUCCUGUGCUCAAAUAUCUUGUUUUAUUUCUUAGCCAUUCAGAUACAAACAUGUGGUCUGUGCAUAAGCGGUAAGACUGGAUUUAGCAGUUUUUUAUUUCAUUCUUGCAUACCCAGAGUAGCAGAAAUUAAUUAUUUUCUAAAAUUAUAUUAGACCCACAGCGUAUGAAAAGUGACCCUUACUGUGUUCAGUUCUGUCAAGCAACGUCGCCACUUGGUGCUGGAAUAAUGGCAUUAAUGAAGUUUGCAUCAGACAAACCAAGCGAGUUUAAGACAUCUGGUGAAGCAGUUCACCUAAUUGCACACUUUUACCCAAAGAGAUUGAAGGCAAUGGACACAUUUUAUAAUGUUUUAAGUCAAGGUAAUGUACUAUAGUAAUUUAAGUAUAAAGUAUAAUAUACAGUAUGUAUUCACAUCUGGCUGUAUUUGAAUUACAACUGCAAUCCCUUGGCUUGUCUUUGUAAAUCAGAAGCAUAUUGGCAGCUCAAAAGAACAGUAACUCCAAAUAAUUAUUGGCUGCAUGCUCAUGCUUUACAUAUUAAACCAUUGAGUGGCAGCUGCCCUCUCCCCUUGAAAAGUACAAACAUAUAUAGUUACCUUCACUAGCUGAGUUGCUUGCCUUGACUCAAUUGUAUUACAUUGAUAUUAAUUUGUUCCAACAGGCAAAGGUGAUUUGAAUGUCCCAUUACUGAAUGGUUUUGAGAAUGGUGUGAACUCUGGCCCAGCAUCUGACAAAGACAAGGAAUAUAGCAAAAAAAAUCAAAAGGAUGCCACUUCUGGUAAGUUUGCAUGACAUAAUAAAAUUAGUUUUAAUGUUUUGCAGUACUUCCACCAAGGAUUAACCUGUUAGGCUACAUUGUACUCUAAUGCUCCCUACUUUGUUAUUUAAUAAUGCAACACUAUUUUACUUGAGUGCCAGAACUUUCCCCUAAAAUCAUAUGGUGUUAUAGUGUUAUACAGAGUAAAAUAAUAAAGUAGGGUGCAUCAGCCUGUGAGAGCACAUUGGUGGGAUUGAUGCAGCUACCUGAAAAAUAUAAGGAGAGUCUCGAGCGAAGGCCUUUUGUCUGGAGUUGGCUAAUAACUCCAGACAAAGGCAUUCUCUCAAAAUGUUGAAAUUCUCCUUCCCUAUGAGCAAAAGCUUGUUAUUAAUAUUGGCACUACCUACACUGGCAGACAGUUAUGUAUAGCUUGCAACUUGAUUCCUAUAAGUAUGUGAUUACUCAAUAUCUAUUCUCAUUCAUGCAGUUGUUAUGGAUGUUAUCUAUGUGCUUGAUGCAUCACGUAAUGUUGGCAAGACAAACUUUAAGAAAAUGAUUGACUUUAUCAAAGACUCAUCAAAGAAAUAUCGAGUUUCAUUUGAAGAAGCACACGUUGGAGUGAUCACAUUCAAUGAUGAUGCACGUAUUCAGUUUGGCUUGUUUUGCUGUCACUCCAAGAAAGAACUUGACCAGUCAUUGGACGAUUUGUUUAAACAGCUCAAAGUCGGCUCUCCUGGAAAAGAUGCACCUGCAUCCAUGAUGGGCAGAGGUUUAUCCCUUGCCUUGACUCUAUUUCAAGGUCCUUCUGCUCGAGCAACAGUCGAACAUGUGCUUGUGGUUGUCACAGCAACAACCGCUGCUGAUGAUGUGUACACGCCAAGUAAGCGUUUGAAAACUGCUGGUGUUAAUGUGUUUGGAAUAGGGAUUGGAAAAGAUUUUGGUAAAUUAGAUCUGAUACAUGUGGCAAGUGAGCCAAUGUUUCGACAUCUUUUUAAACUUGAAGAUUAUUCGCAGUUAAAACAACGUUAUGAACUCUUUGUUGACCGUAUCAUCCGAGGUGAGUGUGUAUAGUGAGUGGAUAUAUACCAAGAAAUUCAAACACAAACAACUACAACUCACAAUCAACAGACACACAACUGCAAAUAUCCAAAAACCAAAAAUAACUACAAGCAACUGUAAACAAAUUAUCUCAUUUGUUAUGUAUAGAUAUCCAAAUUAGGACAUGUGGAUUCUGUAUCGACAGUAAGUAGCUUUCUCUGAGAAUUAAAAAUAUUUGUCCAUUCAAUAAAGCAACGUUUACACACAAUGAUUAAUCGGGCUAAUGACAGGUUUUGUGACAAUUGUUGUCAGUUGGUAAUAUCACCAGAUAUGACCCAGUAUACAUAUUUUUUUCAAAUAUAAUUUAAUUAAAGCAGAAUUGGCCUCGAUUAAUCGUCGUGUGUAAACAUACCUUAAGAUAAAUCUACCUAUACAUAUACAUCGGGUGGUGCCAAAAUACUGGAAGCUCUCAGGAUUAUGUCUGACAAUCUUAUAUAUAAUCCUUAACACAUUUGUGAAUCAACUUGUAUACCAGCUAAUAUUGCCUGUAUAUUAAUGCAGGUCCUUCUGUAAUGCAGACAAAUGACUACUGCAUCAAGCACUGUCAAGAUGGAAUGCCGAUAGGGGGCGGAAACUUUGAAAUGGCCACUGCAAAAUUUAGCUCACCAAGAAAUGAAGAACUCAUGGAAUUUGCUAAUGUUUUAUCACAUCGUUAUCCCAAACGAAUGAAGGCUUUUGAUGGAUUUUUGGCUAACGAAGCUCAAAGUAAAUAUUAAGAACAAAUAGCUAUAUAGAAAAGUGCACUUUAUUGCACUUAGGCCUGUUUUAUACGUCGAAUUUUGGUUGUGUCGAAUGCAAUUCAAACAAUAGAUAAUAAACCUCAUUAGACAUUAAUUUAAGUUUCAUUAUCUAUUGUUUAAAAUUACAUUUGACACGACCGAAAUUUGACAUAUAAAACAGCUAGCCUUAAUUGCCCAUUGCAUGGUUAGGUUUGGGAAAAGGGCAUAAAUUAAAGGCCCCUAUUCUCCCCGACUACCCGAGUCCCCCCCCCCCCCACUUCUUUUACAACCAAAAUGGUUUAUAAAUACCUAUUGAGGCUACUCCCUGCCACAAAAUGAAAACACUAACAUUUUUAUGUUUGCAAACUACAAUAUAUCACAUAUAAAGAUACGACACGCUCUUAUGAUUUUUCUUUGUUUUUUCCUCAUGAAUUAUUAAUGAGUUUUUGAAGCACAAAUAACGACAAGUUUAAUAUAUGCACUGUCAAACUAUCGACAAAUAUACUCACCAAAAACAUGCCACGGUCCACUCCGGAGCGACUUCAAUUUACUGCUAAUUGUUGCUAGAGUGUCGACCUUUGCACUGUUCAUAAAUUUCAACCACUUGCUGUAUUUUAAACGGUUUAUUUAUAUGUUUUAACUUCCCACAUGGUGAAAUAAAUGGAAUUUGUCAAUUUAAUGACAGGGGUUGACAGGCUGACAGCGCGAGAGCUCGCCAGGAAGCAACCUGAUUGGUUGGCUCUUCAUUUCUAGCAUUUUGAUUGGCCAAGACGUUUCACGUGGGCAUUUGUCUGAUUCUCUCCCAAAGCACAUGUCCAAAAAGCUGGAAAUAGUAUUGUCACCACGAAACUCAGUAUACUAUCGUCUUGACAAAAAAAACAGCGGUGAAAUUCCCUAUUUUAUAGCUUCAGCCGUUUUCUUAUGGUAAACGCCGAGGUAAACGCUUUUCGUUUUCCCAUAUUUACUUAUUCUUUUGGCAGACAUUUUUCCCGCCAUUUCUGUGCAAGGGGGACCCCAUGGAUACAGGGGGACCCCAUGGAUACAGGAGGUUCGCGCACCAAAUAUAGGUUAGUACCUUUUUGAGGGUUAAUUUUGUGAUCAAUCGAUUGAACCUUUGCAGAUAUCUGUGAUGAUAUGUACUUUGAAGAAUGUCAGUCUAUGGCUAAACAAGGAAUGUGCAACUCAGUGGAAGGGAAAAUAAAUCCUGUCAUUCGAAAUUAUUGUCAGAAAUCGUGUGGUGCUUGUAAUGCGUGAGUUUCUACGAGAAAAUAAAUUUAUUUACGGAGAGUCUGAGUUGCAGGUUCACAAGAUCAUCAAAAUUUUUGGCUCCGUUUUGGUCAUUUUUAUGUUGUUUUACAGUUUUAGACGACUAUCUCGUUUUAGACAAAAAAAAUCAUAAACCUGACCCCAACCUCAUUCCCAGAGCUUUCGUACGAGGAGGACUGGAGGGAAGAGACGUCUCUCCGCUCGUCCUCAUACGAAAGCCCGGGGAACGAGGCAACAACCCGCAAUUUAGACAAUCCUCUUUAUUUAUCCUAGAUAGGUCUAUUACUUUUAAAGUUUCUGUAAAGGUCCAGUUAAGUACGUAUUGGUCCAGUGUUACGACAUGAUGAAACUAUAAGAACGCUUGAAGAAAGCUUGCGGUCUGUUUUUGGGUUCUCGCGUGUGAAAUUGUGAUCAGACAAGUGCAUUAACCAUUAAAGACAUCAGACAAGUGCAUAACAGAUGUGCAAACAAGUUGUUGUGAGCCUCAUCAACCUUGUUAAAAGGUGAUAACAACUUGUUCCAGACUUGUCAACUGUUGUGUUGACAACUGGCUGUGAGAUUUUGAGGUGUGUACAGGAAUAAGAGCACAACCACUGUAACACAAUCCAUACGCUUGAUUUUCAAUACAAACACUUGUGUUUCCAGAGGAGACGAGAUGAACCAUGAUAUGCACGUGGCAACAGGAAUGAAGCAAGGUGGCGUGGAUACGAAUGCUGGCAUGAGCGGAGAGAAGGCGAUGCCAGGCUCAGAAUUUGGUGGAAUGAACGAAGACAAAAGCAUGCGUAUCCACAAUGGUCAAAAUUUUGCGACAGGUGCUGACUCCGGAAUGGAAAGUGGCAUGGGUUACGGUACAAUGAAGGGUGGUAUGGGUUACGGGAAAAUGAAGGGUGGUAUGGGUGAUACAGCAGGGAUAGAUAUGAGAAUGUAUAUGGGCACGAUAAAAAGAAGCAAAGAGAGUAAGAUCAAAGAUAAUGAGAGUAAGACUAAGAGUAAUGUCAAGACUUCAUAA